AUGGCUGAUGCAGCAGAAUGCAGCGACCGUACAAUCAAGAAUGUUCGCAGGAACUUGCGACUCUUUGGAAGCGUACACGCCCCUUCAAAUCGAAUUGGCCGGAGACGAAGCAUAACACCGCCGAUGCUUGAAUCACUUUGCGACCAUCUACUCGAAAAGCCCGGUCUUUAUCUCGAUGAGAUGGUCGUCUUCCUAUGGGAUGAGUUUCAUACCCUGGCAACCACUUCUAGCAUCCGGAGGGCCCUCACUUCCAAAGGUUGGUCCAAAAAGACCGCUCGACAGAGGGCUAAGGAACAAAGUGCCGAUCUGCGAGAGUUAUAUCUUCACAAUUUGUCGGACUUUCAGUCAUAUCACCUUGUGUACGUUGAUGAAUCUGGAUGUGAUAAACGAAUCGGGUUCAGACGGACAGGCUGGUCACCACUUGGCGUGGCCCCUGUACAAGUUUCACAGUUUCACCGCGAUGAGCGGUAUCAGAUAUUACCUGCAUAUGCCCAAGAUGGAAUCGUUCUUUCUCGUGUCUUUCGCGGCGCUACGGAUGCCACUUUGUUCGAGGACUUCGUCGAUGAGCUUCUUCGUCAUUGUGGAAGAUGGCCAGAGCCGAAAUCUGUACUGGUCAUGGAUAAUGCGUCGUUCCACCACUCUGAGCGGAUCGGGGAGCUGUGUGCAGCCGCGGGAGUAAAACUGGUUUAUCUGCCACCCUACUCGCCUGACCUGAACCCUAUUGAAGAGUUCUUCGCCGAACUCAAGGGCUUUAUCAGACGCAACUGGAGCUACUUCGAAGAAGAUCCCGAUCGAGGGUUUGACUCAUUUCUCGAAUGGUGUAUUGAUAAGGUUGGUGCAAAAGAAGCAAGCGCUAGAGGCCAUUUUCGCCACGCGGGGGUAACGGUAGAAGAAUGGCUGUAA